AUCUUCCUUCUCAAACUUAGGGGCUCUCAACGAUCGCACGAAAGCACCCUUCCACUCUCUCUCUAUCUCUCUCUCUCUCUCUCUCUACCCCUCGCGCGCUUGGGCGGCAGACAUCCGCAGAAUCCGAUCGGAGAAGGAGGAGGAGGAGGAGAUUUAGCCCGCCCUCCAUUGUUCUGUAUAGUUUCGCCGGGGCAAUGGCGCCGCCGCCGGACUCGAGCAAGACGGCGAAGCUGGAGCGGUACAACAGCUACAUCCGCCGCGUGAACAGCACCAAGCUCCUCAACGCCUCCUCCAAGCUCCUCUUCCGCGCCACCCUCCUCAUCGCCCUCGCCCUCGUCCUCUUCUUCACCCUCAACUACCCCCCGCUCUCCUCCUCCUCCACCUCCGACCACGCCCCCCACCGCCGCUCCUUCCUCUCCUCCACCUUCUCCUCCGCCGGCGGCGCCGCCUGGGAGAAGCAGGUCCGCCACUCCUCCACCCCGCGCCGCCCCAACGGCUUCUCCGUCCUCGUCACCGGCGCCGCCGGGUUCGUCGGGUCCCACUGCUCCCUCGCCCUCAAGAAGCGCGGCGACGGCGUGCUGGGCCUCGACAACUUCAACGACUACUACGACCCGUCGCUGAAGCGCGCCCGCCAGGCGCUGCUGCAGAAGCACCAAAUCUUCAUCGUGGAGGGGGACCUGAACGACGGGCCGCUGCUGACGAAGCUCUUCGACGUCGUCCCCUUCACCCACGUCCUCCACCUGGCGGCGCAGGCCGGCGUCCGCUACGCCAUGCAGAACCCGCAGUCGUACGUGGCCUCCAACAUCGCCGGCUUCGUCAGCCUCCUGGAGGUGGCCAAGAGAGCCAACCCCCAGCCGGCCAUCGUGUGGGCGUCGUCGAGCUCCGUCUACGGCCUCAACACUGAGAACCCCUUCUCGGAGCUCCACCGCACCGACCGCCCCGCCAGCCUCUACGCCGCCACGAAGAAGGCCGGCGAGGAGAUCGCCCACACCUACAACCACAUCUACGGCCUCUCCCUCACCGGCCUCCGCUUCUUCACCGUGUACGGCCCGUGGGGCCGCCCCGACAUGGCCUACUUCUUCUUCACCAAGGACAUCCUCCAGGGCAAGCCCAUCGACGUGUACCGCACGCACGACCAGCACGAGGUGGCCCGCGACUUCACCUACAUCGACGACGUCGUCCGGGGCUGCCUCGGCGCGCUCGACACGGCCCAGAAGAGCACCGGCAGCGGCGGCCGCAAGAAGGCCCCCGCCCAGCUCCGCGUCUACAACCUCGGGAACACCUCGCCGGUCCCGGUGGGGCGGCUGGUGGGCAUCCUGGAGUCGCUGCUCGGGACCAAGGCGAAGCGCCACGUCAUCACGAUGCCCCGCAACGGGGACGUGCCCUUCACGCACGCCAACGUCACCCUGGCGGGGCGGGACUUCGGGUACAAGCCCACGACGGACCUCGCGACGGGGCUGCGGAAGUUCGUCAAGUGGUACGUCAGCUACUACGGGGUCGAGCCCAGGUCGAAGAAGGACACCCGCCUCGCUACAGCCGCCACCGGCACCGACCGCCCCGAGGAAUCCGACUGAUCGAUCCGCGUUCACGUGGUGGUGCUGGCCUUCGCCCGUCCUCAUUUUUCUUUCUUUUUCCAUAUUAUUAUAUGAUCUUCGUGGGAUCCAAACUGUGUCUAAAUUAUUUCCCAAAAAAAGAAAUUUGCUAAAUUCGCCUGUAAAAUGGGGGGGACCAAUGGGUGUUUUUCUUUGCCUUGCUGUAGCAUAUUUUUAUAUAGAGGGAGGAGGGAGAAGAGAUAAUUUAUAAAUAGAUAUUAUUCCACCACAUAGAGAAAAGUGAACAUAAAAGGUUGUGAAGAAGGAGAUGAAGAUGAUGCAGAAGAAGGAUAAGAAAGAGAGAAAGGAGGGAGAAGGUGUAGAUCUGUGACCUUUUGGGGGAGAGUGGAGUUGGGGAGAAUGUAAUAAUGUGCGGUAGGGUCUACCAAAAAGGGUGGUAGAUCACCGCUUGAUUGUUGUAACCCAUGAAUGAAAGAAAAGAGAAAGAAAAAAAAAAAAAAAAAGAGGCAAAAAAGAAUUUGAUGAUUGAACAGCCAAUGCUGGACAUCAAGAUUCUUCGACACUCUCCCCCUUUCUCCUUUCAAUUA